GGGCCUGGCUGGAGUGGUGGUGGCAUUGCCGGGCUUAUAAUUGCUGGUACCUUUGUGGAAAAUGUAGAAAAGUUGAUAGUAUGUGCGGCUGGACCGUAUUCGAUGCCAUCAGAAAUAUCAGCUUUUCAUAAUUUACGCGAUGUGAACCAGUGGUCUCCUAGUAUGCGAAAGAUACUAGAAGAUUUAUAUGGAGCCGAUGGACUUACUGAACUAUGGAAUGGAUGGGUUGAUUUACUAAAUAAGUUUCAUGAAGAAAAAGGCGGCGAUUUUUGCCAAAGGGAGAUACAUAUGAUAGAAGCACCAACGCUUAUAUUACGAGGCAAUCAAGACUCCAUGGUUGCCACUGAACCCAUGGCUUAUUUAAGGGACCACAUGAAGAACUCAAGGUACUAUGCAUUUUCCAAGGGAAAACACAAUUUCCAUUUACGUUAUGUGGAUGAAUUUAACCAGUUAGUUGCAAAAUUCUUUUUGCAUACCUGA